UUGCAGGUAAAGGAGUUUACAGUGAACCAGUCGGCCGGGGCUAUAUUACAAGAAAAGACAGUAAAAGUUAUUGAAAAGUUGUUGUCAGAUCGGAAGGAUGUCGUCAGGUGCACUGUUUCCCAGUCUGGUGUCGGGCUCUCGGAGCUCAUCCAGUAAAUAUCUUGUUGAAUUCCGGGCUGGCAAGAUGACCUUAAAGGGCAGCACGGUGACGCCCGACAAGCGCAAGGGUAUGGUCUAUAUCCAGCAAACGGACGACUCACUCAUCCACUUCUGUUGGAAGGACCGAACAUCCGGCAAUGUAGAAGACGAUUUGAUCAUUUUCCCGGAUGAUUGUGAGUUUAAAAGAGUGAAUCAAUGCACUACAGGACGUGUGUUUGUGCUGAAGUUUAAGGCUGGUUCAAAGAGGCUUUUCUUCUGGAUGCAAGAGCCCAAAACGGAUAAGGAUGAGGAAUACUGUCGUAAAGUGAAUGAGUAUCUGAAUAACCCCCCCAUGCCAGGGGCUUUGGGCAGCGGGGGCAGCAGUGGUCAUGAGCUGUCAGCUCUCGGAGGAGAGGGUGGCUUGCAAAACCUCCUGGGUCACAUGAGUCAUAAUCAGCUCAUGCAGCUGAUUGGACCAACAGGACUGGGUGGGCUCGGAGGUCUGGGAGCUCUAGGAGGACCAGGUUUGGCCAAUCUGUUAGGGAGUGGAGGGCCUGCCACCAGCAGUUCAUCCUCCAGUUCCCGUAGCCAAUCAGCAGCUGCCACGCCAUCCUCUGGCUCUGCUGCCCGCCUUAGCUCUGCCCAGGCUCCCACCACGCCCGUCACUCCUGCUGCCAACACCGCCGGCUCACCCACACUGACCCCUACGACCCCUGCGUCUGCCCAAACCCCCUCAGUGCCUGCUGCUGUUGGCAGCCCUGCCCAACCAAUCCAGCUUAGCGAUCUUCAGAGUAUCUUAGCAACCAUGAACGUGCCUGCGAUGGCCCCUGAGGGGCAGGGAGUGGACUUGGCGAGUGUGUUGACUCCAGAUAUAAUGGCUCCUAUCCUGGCUAAUGCAGAGGUGCAGCAGAGGCUGCUCCCCUACCUCCCUUCUGGGGAAUCUCUACCUCAGAGUGCAGAAGAGAUCCAGAACACACUCACCUCCCCUCAGUUUCAGCAGGCAAUGAGCAUGUUCAGCAGUGCGUUGGCCUCAGGACAGUUGGGUCCUCUUCUGAACCAGUUCGGUUUGCCUUCUGCUGCGGUGGACGCAGCCAAUAAAGGAGAUGUGGAAGCAUUUGCUAAAGCCAUGGAGGGAAGUGAAAAUAAGCAGGAUGAUUCUGGAGAUCCCAAAGACAAGAAGGAUGACGAUGAGGAUAUGAGUUUGGAUUAGUGUGACAAGCUUUGCUGUAUUUGCCAACAGUUGCUUUUUUUUUUUUUUUUUCUUUUUUGCUGUUUCACACAUUCUGUCAAUCCUCUGUGCUGGUCUGGAAUGUAUACUUGUAAUCAACUCUCGCUAUACUUUUGUUUUGUAAGCUUAAAGUUUAACAAAUAAACACUCAGUGAACUCUUAGUUUCUUUGGAAACUUGAGCUACUAGUGGAUUAGUUA